AUGUGACGACGAGAGCACUGGAAGGCAGCACAAAAACAGGGAUUGGCGACUCGCGAGCGCAUGCGCGUUAGUCGCAAUACAACCAAACUGUAAAUGCGAACGCCAUCUUUUCAUUGAAGACAUGAUUGAAGGCAGAAAAAGCUCCACUCUAACUCUUCAGCUGAGACAUCAAAAGAGACUAAAAAUGGCAGAAGAUCCAAUCUACGGAAAAAGAUGCAGAACGGAUGACGGUCCAGUGAAAGACAGCCAGUCGGCGGGUCAGAUGCUUAAUCGACUUAAUUUCCUGCAGUGCAACGGCAAAACAGGUGCAGAGUACCUGACAUGGGUAUCAGGCCUUGUGUCCAAGAAUAGACACAACAUGGUACCCUUAAAGAAUCCAGCUGGCGCCACAUGGACGAUAGGAAACCUGGAGGACACCAUUUACUCAGGGGAAGAUGACGAGGUGAAUGGGUGGAGCAAAUCCUACCUUCCUAAGCCAGUACACAUGCAGGUUAUAGGUAUAGUGGAGGGAACUUCGUGCCCGUGUGAGCAGCUGGUUUUGAUGACCUGUGAGGACAGACAGGUGUAUGCCUACGAUGGAGAAGGGGUGGAGCUGCAUUUGGUGGCUUCAAAUCUGGAUCAGCUACGUCACGCGGGAAUAGAAUAUCCAGCAUCCAAGACCUAUUACGAUGGGGAGGCCUUCAAAAAUAUGACCGAGGAGGACUGGGCAGAGGUGAGGAAGAGCGCUGUGUGGAAGAAGCUGGACGAACAGCAUCAUCAACUGGUGAUGUCAAAAAAGUCCAGAUUGCUGGACAAUCUCAAAUUCCCCAUCCCCAUCAUGUAGUGUAUCUUUCAGUGGUGGUGUAUAUUGCAGUGGUAAUCUUCAAUAAGAUAUGCUUGAAAAUGGAGUAAAACCUGCCAACUUGGAAAGUUUGGAAAGCGUGUACAUGCACGUUUGUGGCUGCAGUCAAAAACAUUUCAAAUUUGAACUCUCUUUGCAAGUUUGUACAUUCAGUCCCAGGUGUUAGUUCACUUUUUAAAGAUGUGUUGGAAUACAACAUUGUGGUAAGGGUUUGCUCAAAGAGCUUCAUAAAGAAGAUGGUAGAUCUGAAAAAGUGAGGGGACGGGACAUCCUAAUUGAAGUUGGUCUGGCACGGUGUGGUUUUUCCGAGUGGUCAUCUGUAAUGCUGGGCCCAAAACAGCACCGAGAUCCAACAGGA